UAGAUUAAGGGAAUUAUGAAAACCAGUAACCUUAAAUUCAUCAUGGAAGCCAACUUACUGCGCCUGGCAACAUACAUGUGCCCUUCUAUCCCUGUUGAAUACUAUGAAUUUAUAGCAGAGUAUUUGGAAAGAGAGCUAAAGUUACAAACUACUCUUUUAUAUAAUUCACGUAAAUGUGGGCCAGAUAUCAGUCGAGGAGAUCACCAACAUAUUGAUCUAGCCUUUGUCUCUACACGUACUUAUCUCCAAAAUUUUAAGUGUGGCACAACCCAGUUCCACUUACUGCCAGUAGGAGCUGUAACAAAGCAUCCAGUCAAGGGUGAUGUGCUUGGCUACUAUGCAGACAUUGUUGUACAACAAGGUUUCAGAGAAAGAAUGAAGGAAUUUUUGGACAUGAGGGGAUGUAAAUUUGUGUAUUCACAUGAAGAUUCUCUUAGUAAUAAACUCCUGCUACGUGCACUAAAGCAGAUGGGAGAAGAUGCUUCUUUCUUCUCUGAUAUACAAGUCUCUGGAAGUCACCAACGUUCCAUCGAGAUGGUAGUGUCAAAAAAGUCUGAAGCAACUGCAGUGGAUUCUUUGUCACUGGCCAACUACCUCUCUCGCCAUUACUACCAUGAGCCAGAGCUGUCUCUUGAAUUGUCGUGGGGUCCACUUCCACCCCAUCCCAUAUUAGUAAACUCGAAACUUCCAGCUGCCUUGAAAAUCAAACUUGAAGAGGCCUUAUUGUCAAUGCACAAACUUCCAGAGUGGAUGAAGAUUUUAAAUUCAUUCAACAUUUCAGGCUUCCGCAAGACUUCUUUUGGCAAUUACAUUGAAGCUGCAGAACUCCUCGAGUUUACAGAAUCACUUUCCUUUGGCAUAACCUAUUAUUGAUAUUUGAAGUGUACUGUAUUAUAGUCCAAGGUUUAUAUAUAUAGAAAUUUCCAAAUAUAUUUUCAUAAUCUC